GUCGGUGAGACCUUCAUUUAUGGUUACAUGAAAACAAAAUCCAAGGCAUAUGGCUUAUACAAUUUCACAACAAGAAUGAAAUAUCUCACAUGCCUUGAAAAUUACUCCAACUGACAUUUGGGAAAAAAAAAAAAAAAUCCUAAGGCUUUCUGCCAAAUUAUAACAUCAUACACAACAUGUUUAGCCAACAAAACACUCAGGCAGCACGACAGCAUUCAGUCGUGCCUCAGGACAUAUCUUUGAAUUCUCUCAGUAACCACUGUAUUGCUAUUUACCAACUUUUCCUGAAUUUGAAGCUUCACCUACACUUCCAGGAAAGACAAGGACAAGAAUUUUGAAAAAUGACUGAAAGUCCUCUACUGAACGUUCCCUUCUCAAACCAAAGUGAAAACAAGAGCAACUUAACUAGCUGCCCAGACUUGAAUGACUGGUGGGAAAUUGUUUACUACUUAGUACCCAAGUAUAUCAGCACCAUCUGUAUUAUCGGAAUGCUUGGAAAUUUGCUCGUUCUUGUCAUUUACUCACUGUACAAGGGCCCCCUGAAGACAGCUGAAAUCUACCUUAUGAACCUAGCUGUUGCUGACUUUAUCUUCCUCACGUGCCUCCCUUUCUGGGCAGAGAAUGUCAGGAACAAGUUUAACUGGCCAUUUGGCAAUUUCCUUUGUCGUAUCACCAGUGCAUCGGUUCACCUAAACUUGUAUACCAGCAUUUACUUGCUAGUGGCAGUCAGCAUGGAUCGCUAUUUGACUUUUGUUCAUACCUUGACACACGGAAGGAUACGGAACAAAACCAUGGCCAAAGGGAUAUGCUUGCUCACCUGGUUCUUUGGAAUCCUUGUCAGCAUCCCAAUUUUUACAUUUCGGACUGUGAAACACUUUCCCCAGUGGAAUAUCUCAGCAUGUAUUUUAGACUUCCCUGACCCGUUGUGGGCAACAGCCGAGCGCCUGGUAUUCAGCAUAGUGGGGUUUGCAUUGCCAUCUAUAGCAAUCAUCUUCUUCAAUUUCUCUACUAUUCGCUCCCUACAAGAACACACAAGGGAACGAAUUGCACUCAGGACACAGUGUUGCAAGAAUGACAAAGACACGAAGGCCACCAGGCUGAUCUUCUUAGUGGUGCUGAUGUUUCUUUUGUGCUGGACUCCAUACCAUCUCUUUACAUUCCUUGAUAUAUUAUUCCAGAUGGAAGUGGUCAAAGGCUGUUUCUGGGAAGAACUGCUCAACUUUGGUGGGCAGUUUAGUUCUACUCUGGCUAUCACCAACAGUUGCGUCAACCCUAUAAUUUAUGUCUUUGCUGGGAAACAUUUCAGACAAAAGGCCUCAGAAGUUUUUUCACAGUUUUUCCCCUGUGGUUUUUUUUUGAGCUGGGUAUCACUCAAAGAGAAGUCUUCAGAUUUCAACAUGUUUCCAGCCAAACCUAGUAUAAAAUAAUGAUUUUCAGUUCCAUCUUCAUUUUUAUAAUUCAACUUAUUUCAAAUGGCAUUAAAAGUGAACAUGAAUUGCACUGAUCUAGUAUUCACGGACUAAGUUAAUUAUUUAUUAAAGUAAAUCACUUCACUGAUUAUUUGCCCCGAGUUUGCUUUUCCUUUUCUGUGUUACCCAUCCAAAUGCAUAACAUGUGAUACCAGAAUUUUAUACCAAAUGAUCUAACCUGUUUCAUUAAUUACCAGUGACUGGAAAGAAAAGCUCUUUGACAGUGUAUCAGAAGUCUGAUUUCUUUACAGAACACUAUACAUUGAAAAAUUUACUACGUUGUAUCUAUGGUGACAACUGUUAUACCACCAAUAACACUAUGCAAAAUAUUAUAUUUGUAUGUAUUACACAGCAAAUAUGAGCUUAAUCUCCAGCUGACAACUGCAAUGAUAGAACAGCUCCCAUUAUUUUUAACAGUAUUUUAAAUGGUUUGUAUUUUCAACGUAGCAUAUAGAAAAUUUGAAGAACCGUUUGUUCAUUUCAAAUGUAUAUGGUGCAUAAAUAUUGUAUAAGACACUGUACCACAAAGGAAGUGUACAUGAGUUGUAAUAAAAAGCAAAACAACAUGGUAUCAUUCUCAAACUCUGACAAUUUUUUGGAUCCAGUAAAAUGUUACAUAACCACUCAUGAAGUAGGCAAGGAUUCUUUUUAUUUUCUGUAUAUGAAAAUAUCAUUGAUGGCCAUUGAUACUCUAUUAUUUUGGAAUAGUUUUCAUCUGAGGCAAAUCCUUAGAUACACACUUAUAUUUUUAUGAAUCAAAAAUAGUAAAAUGCAUAACACCCCAUUCCACCAUAAUGUUCAUCUUUUUUACGUUAUUUUGUCUUUUGUUUCUUUCCCUAUUCCUUUGGGCAAGAUCAAUAUAUAGGUCUGUGAUUAAAAAUCCUUGCUUCUACCAUGGUAUUAACUCUAUUAAUAGUAGUAAUAAUAAUAAUAAUAAUGAUAUAACAAUAAGCCAGACGGGAGAUAAAGAAGAAGGAUUUUUUUCUGUCACAGCCACCGUUGUUGAAUAGACAAUGCAGCUGAGAUAUCUGUUCCCAUAACUGUAAAGCAAAUAUAUGUGCAGACACUGGAAGAGGAAGAAAGGAGAUGUAUUUAUAGGGAAGUCUGUCCAGCCAGAAGGAUACUGAGUGUAGAAAGAGGCA